AUGUCCGCGGCAGUGCAGGCUCUGGGCAAGCCCCGGUCCUCAGGCCCUGGCAUGGCGGGGCAGGGGCCCUGCUGCUCGGCGGCGGCCCUGCAGAGGCGACUGCCUAUCCUGGGCUGGCUCCCCGACUACUCCAUGCAGUGGCUGAAGAUGGACUUCAUCGCGGGACUCUCAGUCGGCCUCACGGUCAUUCCCCAGGCACUGGCCUACGCAGAGGUGGCCGGCCUCCCGCCCCAGUACGGUCUCUACUCGGCCUUCAUGGGCUGCUUCGUGUAUUUCUUCCUGGGCACCUCCCGGGAUGUGACUCUGGGCCCCACGGCCAUCAUGUCCCUCCUGGUCUCCUUCUACACCUUCCACGAGCCCGCCUACGCCAUACUGCUGGCCUUUCUGUCGGGCUGCAUCCAGCUAGCCAUGGGCUUCCUGUGCCUUGGGUUCCUGCUGGAUUUCAUUUCCUGCCCCGUCAUCAAAGGCUUCACUUCUGCUGCCACCGUCACCAUUGGCUUCGGACAGAUCAAGAAUCUGCUGGGACUGCAAGACAUCCCCAGGCAGUUUUUCCUGCAGGUGUACUACACCUUCCUCAACCUCGCAGAGACCAGGGUGGGGGACGCCGUGCUGGGGCUCGUCUGCAUGGUCCUGCUCCUGGUGCUGAAGCUGAUGCGGGACCACGUGCCUCCCGUCCACCCUGAGAUGCCGCCCGGCGUGCGGUUCAGCCACGGGCUCGUCUGGACGGCCACAACAGCUCGAAAUGCCUUGGUGGUCUCCUUUGCUGCCCUGGUUGCAUACUCCUUUGAGGUGACUGGAUACCAGCCCUUUGUUCUUACUGGGGAGACAGCUGAGGGGCUCCCUCCCGUUCGGACCCCUCCUUUCUCAGUGACCACUGCCAACGGGACAGUCUCCUUCUCUGAGAUGGUCAAGGACAUGGGGGCUGGGCUGGCUGUGGUGCCCCUCAUGGGCCUGCUGGAGAGCAUCGCGGUGGCCAAAGCCUUUGCUUCUCAGAACAACUACCGCAUCGACGCCAACCAGGAACUGAUGGCCAUUGGCCUCACCAACGUGCUGGGCUCCCUCGUCUCCUCCUACCCAGUCACGGGCAGCUUCGGACGGACGGCUGUGAAUGCCCAGUCAGGCGCGUGCACCCCAGCGGGGGGGCUGGUGACAGGCGUGCUGGUGCUGCUGUCACUCAACUACCUGACGUCACUCUUCUACUACAUCCCCAAGGCCGCCCUGGCCGCCGUCAUCAUCACGGCUGUGGCCCCCCUGUUCGACACCAAGAUCUUUGGGACGCUUUGGCGUGUCAAGAGGCUGGACCUGCUGCCCCUGUGUGUGACCUUCCUGCUGUGUUUCUGGGAGGUGCAGUACGGCAUCCUGGCGGGGACCCUGGCUUCCACACUCAUCCUCUUGCACUCCGUGGCCAGGCCCAGGACCCAGGUGUCGGAGGGGCCGGUCCUCGUCCUGCAGCCGGCCAGCGGCCUGCACUUCCCAGCCGUCGAGGUUCUCCGGGAGACCAUGCUUAGCCGGGCUCUGGAAGCCUCGCCCCCGCGCAGCGCGGUCCUGGACUGCACGCACGUCUGCAGCGUCGACUACACCGUGGCGCUGGCACUCGGCGAGCUGCUGGAGGACUUUCGACGGCGGGGCGCGGCGCUGGCCUUCGUGGGCCUGCAGGUCCCUGUGCUGCGUGUCCUGCUGUCUGCAGACCUGAAGGGGUUCCAGUAUUUCUCUACCCUUGAAGAAGCAGAGCAGUACCUGAGGCAAGAACCGGGGACCCAGCCCUAUAACAUCAGUGAUGACCCUGUUCCAGAGCACAAGGUCGCCCUGUUGAAGGCGUAG